AGUCUUCAGUAGUCCUUUCUCAUUAUUUCUUUCACACGAUUGAUAUGACCCCACAAAGUUCAAAUUUCAUAGAAAUUACAGUCUCCUUUCCUACACAUUUCCUAUUAUUUUCUUCACGCGAUUUAUAUAAACCUCUGUGUUUUUUCUUUCAAAUUCAUCAGCAAAGAAAACCUAUCGUCUUUGUUCUCACGAAAUUCAUCACUGUAGUUGAAUCCAGAAUCCAGAUCGAUUUCUUUGAUCUAAUGUCAGGGGUGCCAGAUUCACUUGAGAUCAAGUUUCUUUUGAUUGACGGAUCGGUUAUUGGUCCUUCAAGCUUCCCAAUAGCCACAAGUGUGGCUUCUUUGAAAGAAAGUAUCAUUUCUCAAUGGCCUGAAGGGAAGGAAAAUGCUCCAAGAACGAUAAAAGAUGUAAAAUUAAUUAGUAAUGGAAAAGUAUUGGAGAACAGUAAAACGGUUGGAGAAUGCAUGAGUCGGUUUUGUGAUGUUCCUUGUAGCAUUACAACCAUGCAUGUAGGUAUUAACCAAGCACCUCAAGAAAAAGUGGUCAAAUUCAAACAAUUGAGCCAUCAUAGCAAGUGUUGGGGUUGGGCUACCAAAAGAGCACAAGCAUCAAAGCCAUAGCUAGAGAUUGGGUUCGGGCAUCUUCGUCCGUUUUGGUCAAAAUAGGCAGAUUACUCUAAUAAUUUUGUCAAAAAUUCUAUUGGUUUGAGUUUUUGCUAUAAACAUGUUCUUAUUGUAUGCGUUCAUGCUUUCUUCGUAGCGUCUUAAAUCCCUAGAUUCAAGUGGUUGCAUCUGUAAUGUACUAAAUAUCUGUCAUAAAUUCAAGUGUUUGCAUGUCCAGUGUACUAAAGUUUAAAUA